CGUCAGGUGGAGUGAAGGAGAUGUCUAUUUUGUGUUGUAAAAAUAAUUAAUUUCACGACGUUCUGUGCAACAAUUAUGUGAAUAAUGAGAUGAAAGUGUAAAAAAAUCUUAGUUUAGUGCUCAAUAGUGAUUAUGGCGCAUAGUGGUGGUGUUCUAAGUUCGGAUAUAUCUCGAAGGAAUCCACAAGAUGAAUACGAGCUGGUGCAACGGAUCGGUUCAGGAACGUAUGGCGAUGUGUAUAAGGCCAAACGUCUCAACGGCAAUGGCGAGCUGGCCGCCAUCAAGGUGAUAAAGCUGGAGCCGGGUGAUGACUUCGCCAUCAUCCAGCAGGAGAUUCUGAUGAUGAAAGACUGCCGGCACCCCAACAUCGUCGCCUACUACGGCUCGUAUCUCCGUAGGGACAAGCUUUGGAUCAGCAUGGAGUACUGCGGUGGGGGCAGUCUGCAGGACAUCUACCACGUUACGGGCCCGCUGACGGAGCUGCAGAUAGCUUACAUGUGCCGGGAGACCCUCACCGGCCUCUCAUAUUUACACAGCAUGGGCAAGAUGCAUAGAGAUAUUAAAGGUGCUAAUAUACUGUUGACUGAAUGUGGAGAUGUGAAACUAGCGGAUUUUGGAGUGUCAGCUCAGAUUACAGCCACUAUUAAUAAAAGAAAGUCCUUUAUUGGGACGCCAUAUUGGAUGGCACCUGAGGUGGCUGCUGUUGAAAGGAAGGGUGGUUAUAACCAGCUGUGCGAUAUCUGGGCUUGUGGGAUAACUGCCAUCGAACUGGCAGAACUCCAGCCACCGAUGUUCGAACUGCAUCCGAUGCGGGUUCUCUUCCUGAUGUCGAAGUCUGGCUUCAAGCCGCCGCAGUUGAAGGAGCGUGAGCGCUGGUCCCAGGUCUUCCACGCCUUCCUCAAGCUCGCACUCACCAAGAACCCCAAGAAAAGACCCACCGCUGACAAACUUCUGCAACACUCGUUCUUCCAGCAAGAGAUGAGCAAGCGGUUGGCGAUAGAGCUGCUGCAGAAGUACUCCAACCCACCCAGCCAUUGCAGCAGUCAGGAGCUGGACGAGGACGGGGCAAUUUCAAACGUACCACAACGUAUAGCAUCAAAACACACCGGCCGAGGUCGAAGAGUGUUAGGGGAGCCUGAUAUACCGGGCGCUGCGCCCUCGAGACCUCGAAGUCUAGCCGAUAGGGCUCCAACAAGAGCCCUAAAACCUGUCACCCGUGUGUCAAGACCUACAUCAUUGCUCGAUGAAAUACCAAACCCAAGGUUACUGGGUGAAGUGCCCCCAGAUAGAAGGGUGUAUGAUGAUUCACCGGUGGUGGAUUUGGAUGAAGAUGAUGAAAUGGGAUUGAGGUCUAUGCCACAAGUGAUCAAUUUCAGCGCUGAUGUUAGCAGAAGUUGUGAUGGUGAUACUGUCAAACGAAAUGCGGAAUUCCAUAGACAAACAAGCGACGAUUGGAGCGUAGCCUCUCUCAUGAGUUGUCCGAAACACAACCCCCUGUCACAGGAAUUGCAAGAUCUGUCCACAGAUACGAUGCCAUCGAGCGAGAAGAGCCUCUUGCAAUACAUUGACGAAGAGUUAAUGCUCAGGGCAACACUACCAUUGACAGCGGAGACAGCAAACAUGGCGCAGGGCAACUCUGCAUUAUCUAUACACGAUCAACAUUUAACACAAUGUAUACAAUUAAAGCAGAAUUACCUAAACAGUUCAACAACAAAUAUAUAUCAAAGUUUAGCAUCAAACUUUCAAAGUCCCAUAACCGCUUCCCGCAUAUCUAUAGACGAUCCAUUAUGUAGGAAAAUGGGUGAAACAGAAAUAAUGUUCGCAGAUCAACCGGAAAAUGAUCUGAACAUAGAAUCCCCACAAGUUAGGAACGCAAAUUGCGAAUGCGGACAAUGUCCGAAACCAGAAACGAGGGAUAAUAACACAUUAAGCGAUUUACAAAGAUCGGUCGCUUCAAAAUGUUCCUGUGACGCGUGCAAUUCUAAUGGAGAUAUACUAAGUUAUUAUAGAAAUUGUUCUAAUCAGAACCAAGAAUCGGGUAUCGUUUACUGUGAUAGUUGUAAGAAGCAAAAGAUAUCGGUAUCCAAUUUCAGAGCGUUACAAAUCGCUAAUCGACUAAGAAUUUCGGAUACUGAUAAAUUAGAGAACGGGACAACGUCUGAUGAAGAUUUAUGUAGGAAGAUUGAUAUCAGUAUGAACAUGGAUGAGAAGAGUUACGAACACAGAAAGAGACAUAAUAGACACAAUUCGGAUACGGUGACGGCCGGUAUCGAUUUAAGUCAAUUCUGUCAAUGUGAGUUGGAAAAGAGAAAGACUUCUUCAGUAGAUGAGAUAUUCAAGUUGGCUGAAGAAGUGAGAGAUGGAAAAGAGGUGACUGAUGAAGAAAUGAAGAUCAGUCAACGACAACGAAGUUUAUCCGAUAGUCAGAGAGAUAAAGCUAAAGUUGACGGUGAAGCGGGCAGUGUGUCAGUGCCGCCGGUGCCCCCAAGGCGCGCGAGGUCGCGGCGCACGCGCACGCCGCCGCGCCCCGCCCCCAACGGCCUGCCGCCCACCCCCAAAGUACACAUGGGGGCGUGCUUCUCUAAGGUGUUCAAUGGAUGUCCUCUCAGAAUAAACUGCACUGCAUCUUGGAUACAUCCUGACACGAGGGACCAGCAUAUAUUGAUAGGCGCUGAAGAGGGUAUCUACACGUUGAACCUGAACGAAUUGCACGAGACCGCCAUGGAUCAGCUCUGUCCGAGGAGGACGAUCUGGAUGCACGUCAUCAAAGAUGUUCUCAUGUCGCUCUCUGGUAAAACACCAUCACUGUACCGACAUGAGCUACUUGCUCUGAUCGGUAGUGCCCGAGGCGGACGUUCUCUGAGAGUGUUACCACCGAGAUUGCUACCGAGACGAUUUGCGCUCACUACACGUGUGCCUGACACUAGAGGUUGCAUGCGGUGUGCGGUUGCCCGCAAUCCAUACAAUGGGUACAAGUACCUGUGCGGAGCGACGCCCGCCGGCCUCUUCCUCAUGCAGUGGUAUGACCCGCUCAGGAAGUUCAUGCUGCUCAAGAACAUAGAAUGUGUUCUACCCACACCAUUGUCUGCCUUUGAGUUGAUAAUAACUCCAGAAUUGGAGUACCCUCUGUUAUGUGUCGGCGCCACCAGGAAACCGCUGAGACUUAACCUUAUUAAUAUUAACUCUGGUGCGACUUGGUUCCACUCAGACGAGCUGGACUCUUGUGCGGGAGGUUCCAACACUGUCAUACCUCGACCUGAACGUCUUCACACACUCAAAGCAGUGCAUCAACUCAACAAAGAUGCUGUGUUGGUAUGUCACGAGAACAUGGUGGAUAUAAUUCCGGCGUUACCUACAGCAUUAGCAGAGCGCAGACGCACCAAGCUCGUCUCCAGGAUACAGUUCGACUUCCACAUCGAGACCAUACUGUGCCUGGCUGACUCUGUGCUGGCUUUCCACCGACAUGGAGUACAGGGCCGCUCUCUGCGUAACGCUGACGUCACUCAGGAGAUCACAGACCUGUCGCGAGCGUACCGCCUGCUCGGACAUGACAAAGUUGUGGUGUUAGAAUCACAUACAUUAAACAAUACAUUAUCCAGUGAUGAUGGAAACGACCUGUAUAUACUUGCAGGACACGAGGCUUCAUACUAAACAAUGUAUGGAAUACAUACACAAACAUACACAAAACUUUCAGUUGUAUGAAAAUAU